AUGUCUACACCCGUGGACGUAGUCCGAAACCUAUCGGAGCAGCUGAAUGAAGAAUCAACCCCACCCCCGCUACAAGUCAUCGGAGGCGAACCUCCUUCGGAUCCUCGGAGGGAGGAACCAACCCCGACGGCUGGUGGUUCUCCUGCCGGACGCGAGAACUCCACCAUAACGCUCACCCUGGAGAACCUGCAGGCCUUGAUCGCCGCAGCGGUUAGGGGCCAGUCGCCCCAGGAGAGGAUAGAGGAUCCCGCUGCCAAGAGAAAGGCACCGGGCAGAGACAAAGCGGGACCGUGUCUAGAUGGGUUAGAGGCCUUUCCUCUCGAGGAGGAAGAAGGAAUGGCGGGAACGCCGUUCACCGAAAGACUGCAGCAUGGUGAACUUCCCGCCACAUUCAAACAUGUCACUUACGAGUACACGGGGACCACGGACCCAUGGGAACAUUUGUCGAGGUUCAUCACCUCAGCCUCCCUCCACCGUCUGACAGACGGCGUAAAAUGCCGUGUGUUUGCAACCACGUUGGCAGGGCCAGCGCAAAGGUGGUUCAGCCAGCUUCCACGCUGCUCGGUCCACAGCUUCGCGCAAUUCGGUGAGGUGUUCCUAAACCAUUUUGCCAGCUCGAAAAAACAAAAAAGGAGCACCCUUACCUUAUUCGCAGUACGACAGAAGGAGAAUGAGCCUUUGAGAAGCUAUGUGCAGAGGUUUAAUGCGGCAACUUUAGAGGUCCCUGUCACCAGUGAGGAAGUGCUCAUCAAUGCAUUGGCCCAGGGGUUACGCAUGGGUGAGUUCUUUGAUUCCCUCUCCAAAAAGGCUCCUGUCUCUUUCAACGACUUGCUCCGGAGGGCGGAGAAGUACAUAAACGCGGAGGAAGCCCGGAGGAGUAGAACUAUAGAGGGCACCUUGCCGACGGAAAGACGGAAGGAUAAGGCUCGCGAGGAGAUAAGGAAGCAAGAGCCGACCUACCGGCGAGAGCCUGGCUUGGACAGGAGGGGAGGUCCUCGUUUUGAGAACUACGCACCUCUCUCGUCGGCCCCUUCGGAGAUACUAGUUGCCAUCGCUAACCACCCUAAACUCAAGUGGCCCCGAACUUACGCGGAGGUUCCAAGAAAGCCUGCUAGCGCCGGGCCCUAUUGUAGGUUCCACAAUGAGCAUGGUCAUUCCACGGAGGCCCGCCCGCCUAAUAGUUACAUUCACACGAUUUUCGGUGGCCCCAUCGGUGGAGACUCAAACAGGUCCCGACGGGCGCAUCUGCGAGAGUUACAGGAGCUAAGGGGAGAGCUCGCCAUGAUGUACCGGGUAUCGAUGGCCCCGCCGAUCACGUUCGGAGUGCAAGACGAGACUGGAAUACAACAGCCGCACAACGACGCGUUGGUCAUCACGGCCAUGGUAGCUAACUAUGAUGUGGCCAGAAUAUUGGUGGAUACAGGUAGCUCGGCAGACAUCAUCUACUACGACUGUUUUAAGCAGAUGAGACUAAACUUCGAAGUCCGGAGGGUGGACACGGCGCUCAUUGGCUUCGCCGGAGAGGUAGUACAACCCAUGGGCGAGGUAACACUGCCUGUGUCUCUGGGAACGGAGCCCCUGCGAGCCACGAGGGCUGUCAGAUUCCUGAUCAUAGAUGCACCAUCGACGUACAACAUGAUAAUGGGGCGACCUUCGAUGAAUUCGUUUGAAGCCGUCGUCUCCACUUUCCACAUGAAAAUGAAAUUCCCAGUACUAGACCGAGUAGGAGAAGUCCGGGGCGACCAGGAGACGUCCAGGCGAUGCUAUAAUCAAGCGCUACGGGGGCAGCGACGCAUCAAUCCCAUCGGAUGGGAGGAGCGCUCGGGAAAGGAACUCUUUGAUAGGGCAAGGGAGAAAAGGGCCCGCGAGGACCCGGACGACGAGAGGGAGGGUCACAUCCAGCCCAUGGAAGAAUUGCGAGUGGUUCAUCUCAGCGAGAGUGACCCUAGGAGGGUCACUAAAAUAGGAACAAGGAUGAAUAGCAAAACGGCCGAGGAGCUGAUAGCAUGUCUACGAGACCAUCAAGACGUGUUUGCCUGGUCUCCUGUAGACCUGGUCGGAAUAGAUCCCUCGGUAGCAGUCCACAAGCUGAACCUAAGGCCCGACGCUCGCCCUGUGAAACAGAAGAGGAGGCAUUUUGGGGCAGAGAAGGAUAAGAUCAUCGGCGAGGAAGUAAAAAGGUUAUUAGAGGCGGGUCAUAUCAGGGAAAUCCAGUUCCCAACUUGGUUGUCAAACGCCGUACUAGUAAAGAAGGCGGAAGGAAAAUGGAGAAUGUGCAUAGAUUUCCGCGACUUGAAUCAAGCGUGCCCGAAGGAUCACUACCCGUUGCCAAGGAUCGACCAGCUCGUGGACUCAACUGCCGGGUGCGCGAUGCUUAGCAUGAUGGACGCCUCGCAAGGAUACCAUCAGAUUCGCCUGGCCGAGGAGGAUCAGCCCAAAGUCAGUUUUGUGACUUCCACAGGAACGUAUUGCUACGUAGCAAUGCCAUUCGGUUUAAAGAACGCAGGAGCAACGUACCAGAAAUUGGUAGACAAUAUGUUCCGAACCCAAUUAGGACGGAAUAUGGAAGUGUACGUAGAUGAUAUGUUGGUCAAAAGUAAGGAGGUCAGUGAACACAUCAGCGACCUGCAGGAGACGUUCGCAACACUGCGAAAGUAUGGAAUGAAGCUCAACCCUGCCAAGUGCGCGUUUGGUGUGGAGACCGGGAAAUUCCUAGGGUACGUGGUGACUAAGCGAGGAGUGGAAGCUAACCCAGAAAAGGUGCGGGCUAUACUAGAAAUGCUACCCCCUAGAAGUGUAAAAGAAGUGCAGAUAUUGGCAGGUAGGAUCACGGCAUUAAGCCGUUUUAUCUCGCGAGCAGCCGAUACCAGCUACCCGUUCUUUAGGAUCCUGCGCAAGGGCCAUCGCUUCCAGUGGGAUGAAGAUGCCGACCGUGCGUUCGAGCAGUUAAAAGAGUCCCUCACCCGUCUACCCCUGCUAGUGAAACCCGAGGUCGGGGAGAGGCUGUAUGUGUACUUGGCGGUGGGUCGCCAAGCCAUAAGCACGGUACUACUGAGCGAGAGAAAAGGGGCCCAGCAUCCCGUUUAUUACGUAAGCCGAAUGCUUAGAGGGGCCGAAAAGAAUUACCCCGAGAUUGAGAAGGCAGGAUUGGCCCUUGUGAUCACAGCACGGAAACUGAGGCCCUACUUCUUGACGCACGAGGUAAUAGUGCGAACCAACCUUCCUCUGAAAGGAACGUUGGGAAAGAUGGACGUAUCUGGCCGAAUGGUUAAAUGGGCAGUGGAACUGGGGCAGUUCGAUAUCGGGUACGAAGCCCAGGCCGCUAUUAAAGGGCAAGUGUUGGCAGACUUUUUGCAAGGGGUGACACAAGGGGAAGAAAGCGGGGAGUGGAGAAUCUUCAUCGAUGGGUCCGCCACCCAAUCGGGGAGCGGAGCGGGAAUACUACUGGUGAGCCCCGAGGAAGAUAAAUAUGAGUACGCUAUCCGAUUAACCUUCCGAGCGUCAAACAACGAGGCUGAGUACGAGGCCCUGCUGCAUGCCCUGCAGUUGGCCGCCGAUGCGGGAGCAAGGGUUUUGGAGAUAUUCUCUGACUCGCAGCUGGUCGUUCAGCAGUUUAACGGGGUAUUCGAAACGAAGGAUGGGCGAAUGGAGGAAUAUCGCAGUAAGGCAAGAAAGCUAGCUGAGAACUUUCACAAGGUGGUACUUAGGCAAAUCCCGAGGGAGGAGAAUGAAAAGGCGGACUUCCUAGCAAGGGUAGGAAGUAUGUCCGCGGACUGCUCUUCAAGACAGAUAACGAUCCUCGAAGGGCAGCCAAGAGAGAUGUUGGAGGUAGCGACAACAAGCCUAGCACCGGACUGGCGUCAGAAUAUCAUAGGAUAUCUGAAAGGAGAAACGCUGCCCUGUCGGAAGGAACAGAGUAAGUUGGAGAUGAAAGCGAGAAAUUUUUGUUUGGAUAAGGGGACAUUAUACAAGCGGGGGUUCACUAGGCCCCACUUGAGAUGCCUCAGCGAAACGGAGGGGGCAAAUGCGAUCAGGGAGGUCCACGGGGGUUGCUGCGCAGAUCACGCCGGUGGUCGAACGCUCACGAUGCGGCUGCUGAGAGCCGGGUAUUUUUGGCCCACUAUGAGGAAGGAUGCGGCGCAAUUUGUGAAAAGCUGCGACAAGUGCCAAAGGUAUGGCCCCCGCAUACAUACGCCCGGGGAGGAAAUGACAAUCGUGGACGCUCCUUGCCCGUUCGCCCAGUGGGGAAUCGACAUAGUAGGCCCUCUACCUCUCGCAACAGGGCAAAGGAAAUUUCUAGUGAUCGCUGUAGACUAUUUCUCUAAAUGGGUUGAAGCGGAGGCAGUGGCAAGGAUCACGGAUACAGAGAUAAUGAAAUUCAUAUGGCAGAACAUAUGCUGCAGGUAUGGGUUGCCGAGGGACCUUGUAUCGGACAACGGCACACAAUUUAACUCAGCACGGAUCACCAAGUGGUGUAAGGGUUUGGGCAUAAGACAGAGGUACGCGGCGGUGGCACACCCGCAAGCAAAUGGCCAAGUUGAGGUAGUGAACCGGGUUAUAAUUGAGGGUAUCAAAAAGCGACUAGAUCAAGCGAAGGGCAAUUGGGCGGAUGAGUUGCACUCGGUCCUAUGGGCAUACCGGACGUCCCCUAAAGAGGCUACGGGGGAAACCCCAUUCUCGCUUGUGCAUGGUUCAGAGGCAGUAAUACCGCUAGAGGUUGGAAUACCUUCGAGGCGAAUUAAGAACUUCAACGAAGUGGACAACGGGGAACGGCUGAGAGCGGACCUGGACCUAGCAGAGGAGCUAAGAGAGCAAGCUGCGAUCAGGAUGGAAGUAAGCAAGGCAAGAAUGAAAAACGCCUACGAUAGGAAGGUAAGGAAAAGACACUUCCAAGUCGGCGACCUGGUACUCAAGCAGGCGGACGCUCUGAAAGCCACCGGGAAGAUGGAACCUAAUUGGGAAGGACCUUACGUCGUCAAGAAGAUAUUAAGAGGAGGAGCGUACGAGCUGGCCACAGCCACCGGGAAUAAACUACCUCGGCCAUGGAACAUAGGGCACCUGAAGAAGUAUUUUGCCUAG